AUGCUGACGCUGCCAAACUUCGUCGACUUGAUGAUAGAUGAUGUUGCCUACAAAGUUAAAGUCGGGCGUGCAAGCAACCAACAUAUCCACAAAAAAUAUGCCAGCUUGACUGGCUGGGCACAUCUUCAAUGGCUAGGUUACAAGGCCCCGGCUUAG